AUAAUGGCCCCCCUACCCAAUGCUGAAUUAGUUCAGAACUCUCUGCAGUUAUAUCGUUACCUGCUUCGAUGCUGUAAGCAGCUUCCUGAAGAGAAUAUUCGUCAGCAUUACAGACAUGCAGUCAGGCAGAGUUUCAAAGUUCACGCUGAUGAAGACAGUCCUGAGCGAAUCCAGCAAAUUAUCAAGAGAGCCAUUGAAGAUGCUGACUGGGUCAUGAAUAAAUAUAAAAACCAGCAGAAGUAGAAGAGGAAUGAUGAAGACAAGAAUGUCAUUGGUAAACAUCCUUAGAGGACUUGCAGUCAAGUCCA